AAUAGCGGGACCCACCCUUCCAACGUUUUCAAGCAAUCGAUAACGGACCCCAGUGUCCCUACACCCUAUCUCUUCUCCCCUCUCCUCUGCGUUUCGUAUCCGCUCGUCUGUCGUUUGCUUCGUUCAUAACUAAAUGAAUUCAUCUACUCAUUACAAUUUUCCUUUUUACGCUUUGCCAUGUGUGUCUAAAGCUUCAGCUGCCACCUUAAUUCCGAAGAUCUAGCUCUUUGAACUACCCUUUCUUUUAGAUCCCAAUUUGUGAUCUUUAAUUCUUUGUUACUCUCAUUCAUCCUUCAAGCAUGUCCGGUCCUCUAGAUCGUUUCGCUAGGCCCUGUUUUGAAGGUAAUAAUGAUGAAAGAAAAGAUAGGAAAUCGGAUUUCGAAAUCUCGGAAGAUGAUAAGAAGACUAGAAUUGGGAAUCUUAAGAAGAAAGCAAUGAAGGCGUCGAGUAAAUUCAGACGUUCUCUUAAGAAGAAAAGUAGUAGGAGGAAAAGUGAUCUAUCUGUUUCGAUUAAGGAUGUCCGAGAUAUCGAGGAGUUGCAGGCUGUUGAAGCUUUCCGUCAGGCAUUAAUCGCUGACCAGUUGCUUCCUUCAAGACAUGAUGAUUAUCAUAUGCUACUCAGAUUCUUAAAAGCAAGGAAGUUCGAUAUUGAAAAAGCAAAGCACAUGUGGGACAAUAUGCUUCAAUGGAGGAAGGACUUUGGAACUGAUACUAUUUUGGAGGAUUUUGAUUUCAAUGAGUUGGAUGAAGUGUUGAAGUACUACCCUCAAGGUUAUCAUGGGGUGGAUAAGGAAGGAAGACCUGUUUACAUAGAAUUGAUAGGAAAAGUUGUACCUGAUAAGCUCAUGCGAGUUACAACUUUGGAACGGUAUGUAAGAUACCAUGUGCAGGAAUUCGAGAAGUGUUUUGCAACUAAGUUUCCGGCUUGCUCCAUUGCUGCAAAGAGACACAUAGAUUCCAAUACAACUAUUUUGGAUGUUCAAGGCAUGGGUCUUAAAAGCUUCAGCAAGUCUGCACAAGAUCUUGUUAGGUGUCUGCAGAAGAUUGAUGGUGAUAACUAUCCUGAGACUCUUUGCCGAAUGUUUAUCAUCAAUGCUGGUUCUGGUUUUAAGAUGGCCUGGAAAGCUGUCAAAUCUUGUCUUGAUUCCAAAACAGCUAGUAAGAUUAAUGUCCUUGGUAGCAACUACCAGAGUAAGUUGCUUGAAAUUAUUGAUGCAAGUGAGUUACCGCAGUUUCUGGGAGGUAGCUGCACCUGUGCUGAUCAGGGAGGUUGUAUGAGAUCUGACAAAGGUCCCUGGAAAGACCCCAACAUAUUAAAGAUGAUUGCCAAUGGUGAAGCGCUAUAUUCCAGACAGAUUGUGACAGUUUCAAACAGCGAAGGAAGGAUAAAGAGUAGCGACACAUCUACAGCUGAAUCAGGAUCUGAAGUGGAAGAAAUUGUUUCUCCUAUGCCAACUAAAAGCUAUUUACAUCCUCUAUUGGCUCCUGUCAGUGAAGAGGCUAGAAUGGCUGGUAAGGCGGUUUCUGCUGCUGGUUCAUUGGAGUGUGAUGAAUAUGUUCCCAUGAUUGACAAGGUUGUAGAUUCUGAGUGUGAGAUACAAGUAUCAUCACAUCAGAGUCCAUUUAUUUCUGAAGGGACUCCUAUGGCACUGGUAGAGCAUACUCCAAAAGGAAUCUAUGGUCAUAUCACUGCUCUAGUUAUUUCCUUCUUGACCCUUUUUUCUCUUAUCCAAACAAUGGUGCUGCAUCUGAUGAAGAAGCCGAGUGUAAGUGAUUUGACAUGUAGCAUUCCUGACCAGCAUGUUGAAUCAACGUUCAAGGACGAAACUCGUCCUCCUUCACCUGCUCCAAGGUUUACAGAGGUAGACCUGGUGUCAUCUGUUGUAAGAAGGCUGGGUGAUCUAGAAGAGAAGGUUGAGAUGCUACAGUCAAAAAGAUUUGAGAUGCCUCAUGAGAAAGAGGAGUUGCUGAAUGCUGCUGUUUGUCGUGUGGAUGCAUUAGAAGCAGAGCUAAUUGCUACAAAAAAGGCUCUCCAUGAAGCUUGGAUGCGGCAAGAAGAACUCCUGGCUUACAUAGAUAGUAAAGAAGAAGCCAAGUUUCGGAAAAAGAAGUUUUGCUGGUAAGAUGAGAAUGAGGGUGGAGUAGCAAAAAGAAAUGGCAUUAUAUUUGGAUCAUCACUCCAUAAUUUGUAUACUCAUAGUCAUAGAAGAUGGAUAACAAACUUUCUUAUGGAGGUUUUGUGGAUCCCUUUCCCGGUGUGAUAUAUAUAUAUAUCAGUGUCUCAAACGAAACGCAAUGUGAAAAUAAAAACACCAAAACAUAGAACACACAGUACAUAAAUAUGCGCCUAUGUUUGUCCUGGUUAUUGUUUUUGAGGUUUAUUGCACAAGUUUAUUGUAAUAUAUACUCGUAGAAAAUAAAUACCACCUUUUCAUGAUUUCAUAUUACCUACUUACAGAA